CGCCCCGCCCCACCCGGGAGCCCAGUUGGGUUUCGGCCAGGGCCAGCGAGCACUCGGGAACUGCCGCAGGUGAGGCAGGGCUGGAGACUGAAUCCGGGAUCUUCACAAUGAGCUACAUCCUCAGCACAUUUUUUAUUUUUACUUCGAGACACUAAGUCAAGCCAUCAGGUCCAGCUGAAAAUAUACAUUUAUUAUUUUUAUGUAUCCUAGUAACUAGAAUCAUGUUGGUCUCCUGAAUAUUUUUUGCUAACUGAAUAAAAUCAGCAUCGCUGAAAAGAUACAUAAGUGACAACUGAAAACAGACAAGAAGUGAUACCUUUAAUCUUGACCAUAGGUGUGAAAAUCACAAAUGUCGUCAAAUGAUGGAAGAUCCAAGAUUCGGGACUGGGGCUACAAUGAGGUCCCAAGGGAUCAGGCGGAUCCCAGUGGCACCCUACGAACCCUCCAGAGUCUUCACGACAGUGAACUGGCCUUGAGCGCCGAUCCUCUGCCACCUCCUCCUCUCCCGUUACAGCCACCAUUAGGCCCAGACCUCUUCUCAGGUGACACAGAACAGCCAGCCGUGGCCCCCGAUCUCAAGCCGGUGCGGCGCUUCAUCCCCGACUCCUGGAAGGACUUCUUCCGAGGGAAGAGAGCGGCCCCGAGCUGGGCCCUGGCCGGGUCUGACGUGGGGUACAUGUCCGACGGCGGGUACAUCUCGGAAGGCGUGGAGUGCUCGCCCCCGUCCUCCCCGGCGCCAACCCGCCACCGCUCGCCCCCUGAGUCCUGCGGGGACCACGGAGGGGCUGGGGCCCCGAUGUCCGCCCACGACCCCUGGGCGUCGCUGGGCCAUGGCACGGGGACGGCGCGGACGUACAGCGAGAAGGUGGAGCAGUACCAGCUGCGCUACUCCUACAUGAAGUCCUGGGCCGGCCUGCUGCGCCUCCUGGGGGUGGUGCAGCUGCUGCUGGGCGCCGGCGUCUUCGCCUGCGUCACCGCCUACAUCCACAAGGACAACGAGUGGUACAACAUGUUCGGCUACUCACAGCCCUACGCCAUGGGGGGUGUGGGGGGCCUGGGCAGCGCCUACGGGGGCUACUACUACAGCGGCCCCAAGACCCCCUUCGUGCUGGUGGUGGCAAGCCUGGCCUGGAUCACCACCAUCAUCCUCCUGGUGCUUGGCAUGUCCAUGUACUACCGCACCAUCCUGCUGGACUCGAACUGGUGGCCGCUCACUGAGUUCGGCAUCAGCGUGGCCCUGUUCAUCUUGUACAUGGCUGCGGCCAUCGUCUACGUGAACGACACCAACCGAGGGGGGCUGUGCUACUACCCGGUGUUUAACACGCCGAUGAAUGUGGGCUUCUGCCGGGUGGAAGGGGGCCAGAUUGCAGCCAUGAUCUUCCUGUUCAUCAACAUGAUCGUUUAUCUCAUCAGCGCGCUAGUCUGCCUGAAGCUCUGGCGGCACGAGGCCGCGCGCAGGCACCGCGAGUACAUGGAGCAGCAGGAGAUCCAUGAAUCAUCAUUGUCAUCGAAAAGAAAAAUGUGUGAAAUAGUCACCAGUGACAGACAGAAAGACCUAGAAGUUAAUUUCAAAGAAUUGAGAACAACAAAAACAAAGCCAGAACUGCUGAGUAGCCCUAUUCCCCCAGGCCACAUCCCAAAACCCAUUGUGAUGCCCGACUAUGUGGCAAAAUACCCUAUGAUUCAAACAGACGAUGAACGAGAGCGCUACAAAGCUGUGUUCCAGGACCAGUUUUCAGAGUACAAGGAGCUAUCUGCAGAAGUUCAGGCUGUCCUCAGGAAGCUGGACGAGCUGGAUGCUGUGAUGAGCAGGUUGCCACACCACUCAGAAAACCGACAGGAACAUGAGAGAAUUUCCAGAAUCCAUGAAGAGUUUAAGAAGAAGAAGAAUGAUCCUUCAUUUUUGGAAAAAAAAGAACGCUGUGAUUACCUCAAGAGUAAACUUUCUCACAUAAAGCAACAAAUUCAAGACUAUGACAAAAUAAUGAAUUGGGAUAUACAAGGUUAUUCUUAAGCCUUACUUGAAACUACUUUUUUAAUAGUCAACUUACUAUUUAUUUACUGCCCUUUUUAUGCCAGACACUGAAGUAGAGAAGCAAGUUGCCUUGAAUCGGCUCCUAGUUGGCUUUCCCAGUAAGUAAUGUUGAUCAGUGUGAUUUCACAUGAACGUUUCAAAACAAACCAGACCUGCCGAGCGCCUUCACUGAGAAUGGGAGAAACCCUGGAUUCAUCCUAGCACUUUCCUGUUUGUCUGUCUUGUUAAAAAUACAAUGACUGCGGACUGGGGAUUUAGCUCAGUGGUUUCGCCCCCUGCUGUGUAAGUGCAAGGACCCGAGUUCGAUCCCCAAUACCAAAAAAAAAAAAAAAAGCAGAAAUAAAAAUACAUUGACUGGGCCAGGGAUUUUAGCUCAGUGGUUUCACCACCUGCUGUGCAAGUGCAAGGACCUGAGUUUGAUCCCCGGAACCAAAAAAAAAACAUUGACUGCCAGGCGUGGUAGUAUGAUGGGAGCUGAGACAGGAGGAUCACUACAAGUCCAAGGCCAGUGUGGGCUACAUAGUGAGUUCAAGGCCAGCCUGAACUACAUUUCGAGACCCCAAGACCCCCCCUCCAAAUGCAUUGUUGUAGAGAUCAUAUCCUCAGGAUGUGCUGAGCAAGUGGGCUACCAGUUCUGGUACUGCUCUUUUCUCAGGCAGGUUCCUGGAAUUUUUCUACAUCAAAUGUCUCUUCCCAAGAGAAAUUCUUAGGGAAAAUUAUUCUUUCUCUCAAAUCCAAGAUCAACAUUGUCAAGCUUUGUGAUCUUAGGCAAGUUGUUGAAUCUCUGUGCCUGUUUUUUUUUUUUUUUUUUUUUGGUACCCGAGAUUGAACUCGGGUCCUUGUGCUUGCGCAGCAGGCAGCGAAACCACUGAGCUAAUGUACCUGUUUCUUGUGGGAAAUGCGAAGAAGGUCACACCUGGUACCUCCGAGGCGGUUAUGAGGGCUGAAUGCGCUUGUGUUUGCAUAGCGUUUAGGACAGACCCUGUUCAUGUCUGUGGACUCUGUGGAAGAGUCUGGGACAUGGAUAAACUCCCUAGGAAAGGUCCAGCAAGCCCAGCCUGCUUAGCACAAGGCCUUGUGUGUCAUAACCAUCUUUUUGUGUAGUCAACUCUCACCACGCGUAGCCUUAGGUGAAUACUUCGCUCUGGCUCUCUGGCUCAUUGGGCUCUACUGUAGCCCAUGUGUCUUGUUUCUUUUUUUUUUUUUUGGUACCGGGGAUCAAACUCGGGUCCUUGCACUUUCGAAGCAAGCGAUGAAACCACUGAGCUAAAUCCCCGGCCCUUUUUUGUUUCUUUUUGUGGUACUAGGGAUUGAACCUAGGGCCUGUGCACUGAGCUACAUACCCAGCCCUUUAUUUAUUUUUUUAUUUGAAAAAAGUUCUCACUAAGUGGAUAAGUUCCCCAGCUUGGACUUGAACUUACAGUCCUCCUGCCUCGGCCUCCCAGAGUGCUGGGAUUGCAGGCGUGGCUCCACACCUGGCUCUGCCUCGAAUCUGCAGUUAGGGUCACUGUGCACACACCUCUGUGCCCAUUGCCCAGCCUGUCCUACAUGUGUGGAUAGCAGGACAAUGUGACUGUUGCUGUCUUUCCUGUCCUCUGUGAUGGCAUCCAGUGCCCGGUGAUGUUCCACUUACUAGGCUUCUCCCUUCUGUUUAUUGGGAAGCUCCAUCUACUAAGAACCAUCUUGGCUUUGAGACUUUAUUCAUGAGAGAGGUUUUAUUUUUGUUACCAUAAACAAAGAUUUUUUUUUUUAUGACCAUGUUUGUUUGGGGGUUUUUUUUGGUACCGGGGAUCAAACUUGGGACCUUGCACUUGCGAGGCAGGCAGCAGAACCAGAGCUGAAUCCCCGGCCCAACAAAGACUUUUUUAAAAAAUCAUCAAAGGGCCAGGGAUUUAGCUCAGUGGUUCUGGUGCCUGCCAUGCAAGCACCAAGUCCCAAGUUUGAUCCCCGGUACCAAAAAAAUAAAUAAAUAAAUUAUCAGACAGUGAAGUGCAGUGGCGUAUCCCUGUAGUCCUAGCUACUUGGGAGGCUGACGCAAGAGGUUUCUUCAGCCUAGACUAGCCUGGGCAGUAUAGCAAGACCCCAUCACAAAAUUUAAAAACUAAAAAUUUUUCAGGCCUGGAGGUAUAGCUUCGUGGUAGAGCACUUACCUGGUGUGUGUGAGGUCCUGUGUUGAAUCCAAACACUAUAACAUUUUUUUAAUAUUUAAUAUAUUCAUUGUUAUUGGCUCCCAUUCAGCAGGAUGUGUCUGCAGUUUCCCAGGUAUAGAAGCAGUUUCUGCCUGAUAGAGCUGCCAUUCAAACAAUGUUCAGAGUUUUCUAAAGGAAAGCACGAAGACAGCAGGUGCUUAGAAUGUGUUGGUCACCAGGCAUGAUGGCACACGCCUAUAAUCUGAGCACUGGGGAGUCUGAAGUAGGAGGAUUGUUGUGAGUUUGAGGCCAGCCUGGGCUACAUAGUGAGUUCAAGGCCAGCCUGAAAUACACAGAGAGACCCUGUCUCAAAAAACAAACAAAAGAAAGAGAAAUUGGGUCACAGGAUGAACUUGUACGUCCUUUGUCAUGAACCCUGCACGUGCUUGUGUUGAUGGUGAAUGUUUUAUUCCAUGGUUCCCGCACGGCCCAGGGGUAACACCUAGAGACCUGUGAGGCCAGGCUGGCACCUCUGACUACACCACCAGGUUUUGUUUGAUCUUCUGAGGCCCAUGCUAGCAUUUCACUUUAAGAAGAAAUACUUAACAGAAGAGCAAAGCAUUGCCAUUGUGGUUGACCAUAAAGGGUUCGGUUCACAUUGAAAUUAAAUGCUAAGGAUAUUUAACUUUGUGAAACUUUAUUUUACUACAAUUAUAAGUGCUAAUCUUUGAAAACCAUGCUGUAACAUUAAUUUUUUUAAGUUUUUAUACCAGUACUUAGGUGAAUUAAAAUUACAGUUAGCUGUU